AUGGUGCUCCCUACCACCAUCGCAGAGCCCUCCCCGCUCGACCCAUUGCUCCUCCUCCCACUCCCAGAAUCCCUCCCUCCCCCACCAGGCGCCGACCUCGAUGCCCUCGUCGUCCAACUCCGCAACCACAUCGACACCAUCGACAGCCCAGCCGAUGCCGCUGCUGCUGCUGGCUCGUCGACUUUGCCAUUGCCAGUCCUCUCGGCAGGCAUGCGCUCAGCAAACCGCAAUGCCCAGGUCCUCAUGAACGCAGCACGGUCCGGUGCUGCCGAGGCCCGUGGGCGGCUCGACGAGGUCGAUGUUGAUCUGCGUACCGCCGAGUACGAGCUUGCGCGCGUGCGGGAUGAGAUGGCGCUGUGCAUGGAGUAUGAGCCGAUGUACGAGUCGAUGGACAUGCCCGAAGAGGACGCCUUCCUGGCCUCUGCGAGCCCCGAGGUGCUCGAAGCGUUGCCAACCGACCCCGAAUCGCGCAAGUAUGCUCUGAUCAUUGCCCGUCUCGAGGCCGAGCUGGCGGCCAUCAUGGCUCGCGAAGAGCAACUUGCAACACUCACCGCCGAGCGUGACGGCCUGCUCCGCUCGCAGCGCGAGUUGCGGUCCAACUUUAACGUGGCCGAGGUGUUCCUCACCGACUACUCGAGGACUACCAACGCCAUGGUCACCAAGCUCAAGAACGUUGCCGUCAGCAAGGCUGCCGUGGACAAGGAGAAGGCGGACAAGGCGGACAAGGAGCGUCUCGACAGGCAAAAGGCGGACCGGGUCGACAACCCUGUUGCACCGGGCUCACCUGCCCCUGCUGCUCCUGCCGGAGCGCCGGCGUCGUGA